AUGGCAGAGAGAUUUGAAGCUUUCAACACCGGUAUGCGUUUGGUGCAAGAACAAAACGAUAGCAGGGGAAAGGUGGUUCGAAAAAAUAUUGUAGUCAAUCUGGGAAAUACCUUAAGCCUUCUUCCUAACACAACCUCAACUUCCAACAACGUUUCCUUAACCAUUUCGCCUCACUUAGAUCCUACCUAUACCAUUCCACAAAUACCUUCAACCUACACUCCCGAUCAAGUAGCAAUAAUUCUUAAUCCUCAAUUUUGCAUAACCACCGCUCAAUUCGAGAAAAGUAAGAAAAACGAACUGGCGAUAUCCCCAUACAGGAGGCCUGGAAAGGAAAUCAAGUCGCUUUACCAUGAAGAUUUGGGAAAAGAACUCCACAAUUUGAGGAAAGUCAUUAAUGAAGAGUUAUGUUCAAGGAAUUUCCAGAUUUUGAAGUAUGAAGAUUUGUGUGUGCAUCCAAACGUCGAGCUUCCGUCAGGGUACAAAAUACCUAAGUUUAACACUUUCAAUGGGAAGGGAGAUCCCGUCGCUCAUUUAAAGGACUAUUGCAGCAGAUUAAUUGGUAUUGGACAUAUUGAAGCCGUACGAAUGAGAUUGUUCAUUCAAAGUUUAUCAGGAUCAGCACUCUCUUGGUACACUAAACAAGAUUUUAGCAAAUGGCUUACGUGGGAGGAUAUGGCCCGCGGAUUUAUAAAGCAAUUCGAGUUUAACAAUGGAGGCGAUCUGCACAUAGCCGAUUUGCUCAGAGUAAAGAAAACGCCACAUGAGUCUUUCCAAGAAUAUGCCAUACGAUGGAGGAUUGGUAGAGAACUAGAAAAUGCCAUUCAAGAAGGGAGAAUUACAGAUAGCUCAGCAACACAAGCCGUUCACCAAACCUUCCAAGCGGAGAUACUAGGAAAUCUGCAAAGUGAAAUGAAGGAAAACCAAUUUGCUUCCACGACUAUGCAUCAAGCGCAAUGCCAUAAAAGUCACCAAAUUUUUCAGUCUUAUGCCACCAUGCAAUGUCCUCGUCAGCAAAACUCCCAGCAAGGCUACCAACGACGGUUUCACCAAGCAAAAUCAAGCUCUCAACAUCAAAAGAAGAGGAAAUCUUUUUGCUUCACUACUCUAAAUGAACCAUUGGCAAAUAUAUUUGAGAGGUUGAGUGCUAAGGGUAUUCUACAACCAAAGAAGGGAUUUAUACCUAAGCAUCCACCGCCAAACUUUGAUUUAUCUAAGAGUUGUGCUUAUCACUCAAACAUCCAAGGACAUGACAUUGAAGAAUGUCCAGCACUAAGAUUUAAGAUUCAAAGCAUGAUUGAAAGUGGCAAGAUAAAGCUACAGCUAGAGCCUUCAACCGGUGAUAUUGCAAACACAAAGACAACUGUUGUUAAGGGCGAUUCAUCGAAACUGGCACCAAUGCAUUUGAAAAGAAAGCGUGCAACAAGUCAAGCAGACUGA